UUAGAUAUAGAUAUAACAGAAGUCUGGCAAGGCAAAGUUUAUACAAGUAACGUUACCCUGAUCAUGUUAUUCCUGCUUGUUUUACCAAUUGAUUUAAGGCAGAACCAGGGUGUGUUCCAAAUAUCAUGAACCCUUGCUCAGAAAAUGACUUAUUUUUAAAAUCAUUCAUUUAUGAUAUUGUGAUUGCAUGAAUGAACAAGAGCAGCAUUUACUUAACGUCUUAGCUUAGUAACGUUAGUUAUUCAUAAUGUAAUAUGUAGUUUGGUAAUCUUUUCUUUUUUGAUUUGUUCUUCUCUUUCUCUGCAGGUUCCUUAAUCCCUGUCCUUAAAAAAUAGCACCUGAUCUUCUUUACAUAGAAAAAAAGGCACUUUUAAGAGCCACAUUUGUCUUGUUUGUCUUAUUUGUAUUGUUUAUUGUCUUAUUUGUAUUGUUUAUUGUCUUGUUAUUUCUUGUUAUUCCCCCUCUCUCUCUCUCUCUCUCUCGCUCUCUCUCUCUCUCUCCAUCCAUCUCUUUCUCCAUCCAUCCAUCCAUCCCUCUCCCUCCCUCUCUCUCUCUCUCCCUCUCUCUCUCCCUUAUCAUCUGAGUGGUGGUUGCCAUGUCAGAUCCUGAGAUGGACCAUCUCCUGAAGGAGAUGAGUGACCUUGUCGAUCAGGCUGAACAUCAAGCUCACCUCCAGCAGCUUAUUAGCAUGGACCAGGAUGCAGAACCAUCCACCAGUAAUCCAUCCACCAGCCGGACAUCAAACAGCAAGCAAGAUGUUAGAUGGAUUAAGAGGGACAGUGAUGGAAACAUUAUUUACGGCAGGCCCAGAUCAUCCCGCAUCCCACAACCAGGUUCCAGUCACAGCCAGAGUCGAAAGACUGGUGUCUCUCACAGCAGGGCUCCGGAAACGAGUGAGGAAAUGACCAGUGACCUUCCUCCCCUUACUGCAUCAGAGUCCUUCCUUCAAGAGCUUCAAAGCUCACUGUUUGAGGACAUACAUGAGGAUGAAACGGCUCUUCAAGCCUCAACAGACUGGUUGACCCGAAAGAGCCUCAUAUCAGGAUGGUGGGAGAAAGAGAGACCCCGACUGGUCAACAUCAUUGUGGCUGGACAACAUGCGGCAACUCGGAUCUGCCAACAUUGUGGAAAUGGCCCAGCCGUUAUCCGUUGUUGUGAUUGUCGACCACACCCAUUCCUCUGUGGCCAGUGUGAUGUCAGGGUCCACCGAGAACAAGUGUUCCACAACAGGGAUUCGAUGACACACACAUUUUUUUACCCAUUGCCUCCCACAACCUGUGUUGUGGAGAAGGUUCUAACCCAGUGUGAGCGUCUUGUACCUUUGGAGAUGCCAGAGACAAUAUGCGGUUGUCUACGAGAAUUGUCCAGUGUCAUUGCAGGACAGUCUAUAGUUGUGGUUACAAUGAAUGGGCGAUAUGAUCUCAGAUUGCCUCAGAUUAAAUGCAAAGCAUGUGAAGCCACUUGGAGUCCUGGAGUGGAUGACCUGAUCCGCAAUGACUACUGGCCUGCCACUUCUCACUUUUCUACUGUGUACAGAACAGAUGUCCUUUUUUCUUUUGAACAGCUGAAGAUGGCGGCACCAGGAAUGUCCAGCCAAGCAUUUCUUAGAAUGCUGGAUCAACGCACUCUUCGCUUUGGCCGUAGUGGAAACAUCACAGCAGACAGCUUCCGGAAAAGCUCCUUGGAGUGGGAAGCUGUCCUAUUCGAAGUGAACAAAUUAUGCCAGGAGGACCACUUUGAGUGCCCAGCGUGCAGCCCAGACAUGCUUGCAGUAUCCGUCGAUGGAAACCGUAAGCACUACAGAUUCAAGAGUGCAGCAAGAUCGGAGGAAAAAGCCAUCUUUGAUGGUGUGUUCAUCGCGAAUGAUGACGACGUCGCAAGAUUCGUGGACUAUGUCCGUACCUCAACCAGUCAUGUCUCUGGAAGAGGUGUCUGUGGAGGGCAAUGGUCAGCCGCCCGUGAAACGUCUCAGAAGUCCUCAGGAAAAACAGACGAGGAGGGCCUGGAACUUGCUGUGUGUCGUCAUGGAGUUCUCCUUCGUGCCCUCAAUAUGUUCAGGGGGGAGAUUUUUGCCUACCCCCUGUACCUCCAAAAGCAAAUGGCCUGUAAGCCAGUUACAUUUUUUGCAAUGGAUGUGGCAUGCAAGUACUGGCCUUACCUCCAGAGAGUGACAGAGAAAUGCCCUGAGCUUCAGGAUCUCCUCACCAUGAGGCCGUUUCUUUCUGUUUUUCAUGCAAAAGCUCAUGAUUUCAAAUGUGAGGUAAAAUGGAGUGGAGCAUAUCAGGAGGGGGCUGGUUCGACUCUUGGGGAAGAGGUGGAGCAGUGCAACGCCUUCCUCUCAAGGAUUGCUGUUACGACAAAGCACAUGUCAAAAGCAGGACGCAUAGACAUGCUGACGAUCAUGGCCAUGCGCUGGAACCAACAAAAAUUUGACAACUUGGCUUCUACCCUUGCCCGCCGAUACCGGAAGGCCACAAUAGCCCUGCAAUGCCAGAUGCAUAACCUGGAGGCCAUGAAAACAGAAAUGGACAUCUCGGACAAUCAACUGGAGAAGUGGAUCAUUGAUAUCAAUGAGUGGGCAGAAGCAACAACAUCCCCAAAUGAUGCUGAUGUUGCCGCUGUUGCCAGCCGAAUUGGGGAGCUGGUGGCAAGUGUUAAGAGGAGGUCCCAGCGUCUUUAUAAGGAUAGUGACGGAUGUAAAGGACGUGCCCGAAUCCGCCGAAAGAUCAGGGAGGAAAAAAAAUCUUAAAUUCUGUAGUAGAAAUGUAUAACACAUUGGUUCCUAA